UUUCCCAUCUCUAGUUAUUAGAACAACAAAAAUGAGUGCAUUUCAGUUUAUUAGUUUGUAGUUACAUAGCAAAAUGCUCGUAUAUUUCGGCUUAUUGAAUUAAGUAAAUUGUCGUUGUGCGUUGCCACGCCCCCACCUAAACAGCCGACCACCCCUGGCCUCUGGCAGAAAGAUAGAGAGAUAGAACCAAAAAGAGCGAGAGGGAUACACGGCAACAACAACACAUAAAGAAAACGAAAUAUUUCCGCAAGGAACCAGCAACAAAAACAACAAUUACUUUGGUGAUUCUCGUAACGGCAAAAACAACAAGAGAAUAAAUUCAAAUUAAAAAAGAAGUGGUAUUCAAGUGUGUGAGCGUGUGUGUGUGCGCGCGGUGCGUGCAUUACAAUAAUUGCACAAAAACCAAGACAAACGAGGGGCGGGGGUGUCUGAAAGUGUAAGUGCGACAGAGCGCGACAUAUAAAGAGAGAACGAUAGAGGCAGUACGGCAACAACAAAGGGCUGUGAUUUUAUUUGGGCCCCCACCCUCUCCCCCGCCCCGUCUUGACACUUGCGUAUUUACCAAAUAAACGGAACAUACAUAAGUCAUAACAGCUAGAACAACAAAAAAAGUUAAAUAAAUAAUCGAAUAGUUUUGUGGGAGAGAGGAAAGAGAGACUGUGUGAACGGAUUCGUUGGAAAACUGGUAGCCUAAGAGAGCACAAUGGAUAUCCUGGAAAUGCUGCGCGCCAGCACCAACGGUGGCUACAAUACUCUCUUUUCAGACGCAUGGUGCCAGUACGUUUCCAAGGAGAUCACAGCAGCGAUGUACGUGUAUUGCGCUUUGGGCUUGCUGGGCAUCCUGUUUCUCGCCUGGUUCAUGUACUUCAAGCGAUUGGCGCGGCUGCGACUGCACGAUGAGAUUGCCCGUUCCCUCAGCGCUAUGUCUUCUGGCGGAGAUCUACGUGGCUUGCGAUUUCGCAAGCGGGACAAGAUGCUGUUCUACGGGCGACGAAUGUUGCGCAAAGUAAAGAACGUCAGUGGUCAGAUGUAUAGCAGCGGGAAGGGCUACAAACGUCGGGCUGUGAUGAGAUUCGCCAGGCGGAUACUUCAGCUGCGGCGGGAUAAUAUGCCGCUAGAGAUGCGUACCGUAGAACCGCCAGCUGAAUAUCUCGAGGAGACCAUUGAGGGCAGUGAUAGAGUGCCACCCGAUGCCCUCUAUAUGCUCCAGAGCAUACGCAUCUUUGGGCACUUCGAGAAGCCCGUCUUCCUACGCCUCUGCAAGCAUACCCAACUGCUGGAAUUGAUGGCCGGCGAUUAUCUUUUCAAGAUCACCGAUCCGGAUGAUAGUGUCUACAUCGUCCAGUCGGGCAUGAUCAAUGUGUACAUCUCCAAUGCCGAUGGCAGCACUCUAUCCUUGAAGACGGUGCGAAAAGGCGAGUCUGUGACCUCGCUGCUAAGCUUUAUAGAUGUCCUGUCGGGGAAUCCCAGCUACUACAAGACGGUCACCGCCAAAGCCAUCGAGAAGUCAGUAGUCAUUCGUCUGCCCAUGCAGGCCUUCGAAGAAGUGUUCCAGGAUAAUCCAGAUGUGAUGAUUCGCGUCAUCCAGGUGAUUAUGAUCCGGCUGCAACGUGUACUCUUCACCGCCCUGCGCAACUACCUCGGUUUAAAUGCCGAACUGGUGCAGAAUCAUAUGCGCUACAAGAGCGUGUCCACGAUGGGUGGACCGAUCAACUCACAGUCCUCGCAAUCCUCAAGACAUGCGCCCAAUGGUCCGGCCACGGUGGUCUCACAGAUAAAUCUGAUUCAGUCCGCUGUUUCGCAAACGGGACCGGGUGUCUCGGUGACUGUAACCCGGCCGCCACAGUCACCAUCUCGGCACUCGCGUGAGGAGCACACACUAUCCGAUCCGAAUCCUAAUCCGGAUGUCAGUGUCCAAGGGACUAGCAGUGUAUUCACGGAGGUGCAUGGCGAUGCACCGAAUGCAGAUCUAUUUCACCAACAGCAACACUCGGUGGGUAAUCUUUCAACGCGUCGCAGUUCAAUCACUCAAAUGACGACCGAGGGUUCAGUGACCGUCCCUGCCGGUCCAGGAGUGGCGACCUCGAUAGAUGUGCGCCUAGUGCAGUCCUCUGCUGUAGACAGUCUGCGAAAGGAGCUGGGCCUACCGGAAGAGGAUGCCCACAUUAUUGAACCUUUUGUGGAGGUACGAGAGCUGGAGCCAAAUGUCACUCUCAUUACCGAGGGCAAUGCAGACGAUGUUUGUGUGUGGUUUGUGAUGACCGGCACUUUGGCUGUCUACCAGAGUAAUCAGGAUGCCACUCGCGCUAAGCAGGAUAAAAGCGACAUGCUCAUCCACUUUGUACAUCCCGGGGAAAUCGUUGGCGGACUAGCCAUGUUGACGGGAGAGGCCAGUGCGUAUACAAUUCGUUCAAGAAAUAACUGCCGGAUAGCCUUCAUAAGACGUGCAGCCAUUUACCAGAUUAUGCGACAACGACCCCGCAUAGUUUUAGAUCUGGGCAACGGAGUAGUACGCCGCCUAUCGCCACUGGUGAGGCAGUGUGACUACGCUUUAGAUUGGAUCUUCCUGGAGUCGGGUAGAGCUGUCUAUCGGCAAGACGAGAGCAGCGACAGCACUUAUAUUGUUCUCAGCGGGCGAAUGCGUUCCGUAAUCACGCAUCCUGGUGGCAAAAAGGAAAUUGUUGGCGAAUAUGGCAAGGGGGAUCUCGUGGGCAUCGUCGAAAUGAUUACAGAAACGUCGCGCACCACGACGGUGAUGGCUGUGCGCGACUCGGAGCUGGCCAAGCUGCCCGAGGGCCUGUUCAAUGCCAUCAAGCUGCGCUACCCCAUCGUGGUGACCAAGCUGAUUAGCUUCCUUAGCCACCGCUUCCUCGGCUCGAUGCAGACGCGCUCGGGCAGCGGGGCGCCGGGCGCGCCCGUUGAGGCUAAUCCCGUCACGCACAAGUACUCCACGGUGGCCCUGGUGCCCAUCACCGACGAGGUGCCGCUGACGCCCUUCACCUACGAGCUCUACCAUUCGCUCUGUGCCAUAGGACCCGUACUCCGUUUGACCUCAGAUGUGGUGCGCAAGCAGUUGGGUCCAAACAUCUUCGAGGCUGCCAAUGAAUACCGGCUGACCUCGUGGCUGGCACAGCAGGAGGACCGUAACAUCAUCACCCUGUAUCAGUGCGACAGUUCGUUGAGCGCCUGGACACAGCGCUGCAUGCGGCAGGCGGACGUUAUCCUGAUCGUAGGCCUCGGCGAUCGCUCUCAUCUGGUCGGGAAAUUUGAACGUGAGAUCGACCGUUUGGCGAUGCGAACGCAAAAGGAGCUGGUCCUAUUAUAUCCGGAGACCACCAAUGCCAAGCCGGCCAAUACCCUUAGCUGGUUGAAUGCCCGUCCCUGGGUGACCAAGCACCAUCAUGUGCUCUGUGUCAAGCGCAUCUUCACGCGCAAAAGUCAAUACCGCAUUAAUGAUCUCUACAGUCGCGUCCUGCUGUCCGAGCCGAACAUGCAUUCCGACUUCUCGCGUCUUGCCCGCUGGCUUACGGGCAACUCGAUUGGCCUUGUGUUGGGUGGCGGUGGGGCGCGCGGUGCAGCCCACAUUGGAAUGUUGAAGGCUAUUCAGGAGGCAGGCAUACCCAUCGACAUGGUUGGUGGUGUCAGCAUAGGCGCUUUGAUGGGAGCUCUCUGGUGCUCAGAGCGUAAUAUUACAACUGUUACACAAAAGGCGCGUGAGUGGUCAAAGAAAAUGACAAAAUGGUUCCUACAACUACUGGACCUUACUUACCCGAUCACAUCGAUGUUCUCCGGACGGGAGUUCAACAAGACGAUCCACGACACUUUUGGGGACGUGAGCAUCGAGGACUUGUGGAUACCCUACUUCACUCUCACCACCGAUAUCACCGCCAGUUGCCAUCGCAUUCAUACCAAUGGACACCUGUGGCGGUACUGCCGCGCCAGCAUGUCGAUUGCCGGCGUCUUCCCGCCGUUUUGUGAUUAUCGCGACGGCCACUUGUUGCUCGAUGGUUGCUACACGAAUAACGUUCCAGCCGACGUGAUGCACAAUCUUGGGGCUGCUCACAUAAUCGCCAUCGAUGUGGGAUCCCAGGAUGACACCGACCUCACCAACUACGGUGAUGACCUCAGUGGUUGGUGGCUACUUUACAAAAAAUGGAAUCCCUUUACGUCGCCCGUAAAGGUGCCCGAUCUACCGGAUAUCCAGUCUCGACUCGCAUACGUCUCCUGUGUCCGUCAGCUCGAGGAGGUUAAAAAUUCCGACUACUGCGAGUAUAUCCGACCGCCGAUUGAUAAGUACAAGACAUUGGCCUUCGGCAGCUUUGACGAGAUUCGUGAUGUGGGCUAUGUGUUUGGAAAGAACUACUUUGAAAACAUGGCCAAGGCUGGUCGGCUGGGAAGGUUUAACCAGUGGUUUAAUAAGGAACCACCCAAGAGGGUCAACCACGCCUCGCUGAAUGAAUACACGUUCAUCGAUCUGGCGCAGAUCGUGUGCCGGCUGCCGGAGACGUACGCUGUAAACACGGCGGAACUCUUCAGUGAGGACGAAGACUGUGAUGGCUACAUCUCGGAGCCAACAACACUAAAUACGGAUCGACGGCGCAUCCAAGUUCCGCGUGCUGGCAAUUCAUUGUCCUUCUCCGAGACAGAAAUGGAUUCGGAUGUUGAGCUAGACCUGAAGCUAGACCGCAAAAUAGACAAGUCCACACAGUCAACGCCGCCGACGACCAACAGGAUGGGUGAGCGCGCCAAGGAAGAGGCUAGACAUAUAGAAGAUAAACGGGAUCGCGAUUGGAAUAGGGGUGGAAAGCAGACGGAUGUGACUGCCGACGUAGCCAAUGUUGCUGAUCAAGCCACAGUAUCCGAGCAGGAGCAGCCGCAGGAGCAGGAUGGCCGAGUAAGGACAGGGCAGCUGAGAGACAAGGAUGAAGACAAGGAGAAUAGGAGCAACGCGAAUAAUGAAACCAAAAACUAGCUAUAUAGGCAAAACCAAUCAAGGCGGGGAUGUCUACUCAAGAAAAAGCAGCAGCAAAAAACCAAGGACGAGGUGCCUUCCGCUUGCCAGACGCCCAAUCAGGCAACCCCACUUCACCAACAAACCAACAACUACAACUACUCAAUCAUCCAAUCUCCAACGAAACAAAACUAAAUAGCAAUGACAAGGAAAUUUGUUAACCUCUAGGUUUUAAAGCAACAAUGACUUAGGCUUAGCUUAGCAUAUGAACUCCGCAUGCAAUCCUCAAUCACCUCACCAAACAUUGUAAUGGAGGCACAACGAGUCCACAAACUUUGUAUAUACAUAUAGUUAUAUAUUUUUACUGAAGCAACCGAUAUUGAUUGUAGCCACGAAACUGAGACUCUUUUGCAAUGAGCCCCCAAAAAAUCCCGCCCCAUAUUUGCCGCACACUUGUGUAGUCUCUCUUUUAUUAUUUUAGGUAAGCAAAUUGUUUGUUUAAUGGUCCGAUUUGAUUUGUAAAUGCAAGCAGAAUAAAUUAAAACAAUUGAAAGUACAAAA